UUCAAUAACGCUAUAAACCUAUAACAGCCUCAUUUGCUUAAUCCAUUCUCCCCUUCUCUGCGUCUCUUGCUCGCUUGCUGUGAGUUUUGGAAGUGAGCGCGCAAUGGAGAUGGCAAUUAGCUUCAACAGCUCUUCUUUAUCUUUGAUAAACCCUAACCAUGUUCCUAAAAGGACUGCUUCUUCUCUCCUUACUAAGCAACUGUUCGGUCUCAGCUUAUCUUCUUACCCAAACGCUAGAACAUCACUCAGGUGUUGUUCGCGGAGUCCUUUUCACCGUCCGAUCAAAUGCUCUGUUUCUCAAGCUACAGAAACAGCCACUGCCACUGAGAAGAAAACCCAAUUGAUGAGGAGAGGAGAUAUAAGGAAUAUAGCAAUAGUUGCUCAUGUUGAUCAUGGAAAGACAACUUUGGUUGAUGCCAUGUUGAAGCAAUCCAAGGUAUUUCGUGAUAACCAAUUUGUACAGGAAAGAAUAAUGGACUCAAAUGAUCUUGAGCGUGAAAGAGGGAUUACAAUACUCAGCAAAAAUACAUCAAUCACUUAUAAGGAUACAAAAAUUAAUAUAAUAGAUACUCCAGGACACUCUGACUUUGGAGGUGAAGUGGAACGCAUCCUCAAUAUGGUGGAAGGGGUUCUUCUAGUGGUAGAUUCUGUCGAGGGACCAAUGCCUCAGACAAGGUUUGUUUUGAAGAAGGCCUUGGAGUUUGGCCAUGCUGUUGUUGUCGUUGUCAAUAAAAUUGAUAGACCUUCUGCUCGUCCUGAUUUUGUCAUCAAUUCCACCUUCGAACUAUUUAUUGAAUUAAAUGCUACAGAUGAACAGUGUGAUUUCCAAGCAAUAUAUGCAAGUGGUAUAAAAGGAAAGGCAGGGUUAUCUCCUGAUGAUUUGGCUGAAGAUCUCGGGCCACUUUUUGAAUCUAUAAUCAGAUGCAUACCUGGACCACGCAUUGACAAAGAUGGUGCACUGCAAAUGCUUGCAACAAAUAUUGAGUAUGAUGAACACAAAGGACGAAUAGCUAUUGGGCGUUUGCAUGCUGGCGUUCUGCGGAAAGGAAUGGAUGUGAGGGUAUGCACAUCAGAAGAUUCAUGUAGGUAUGCAAGAAUUAGUGAGCUUUUUGUUUAUGAGAAGUUCAGUAGGGUUCCAGCAGAAACUGUGGAAGCUGGUGACAUUUGUGCUGUCUGUGGAAUUGAUGAUAUUCAAAUUGGGGAGACAAUUGCAGAUAAAGUAUCUGGAAAACCAUUGCCCUCUAUCAAAGUGGAAGAACCAACAGUGAAAAUGGCUUUCGCCAUAAACACUUCACCAUUUGUUGGCCGUGAGGGAAAAUACGUUACUAGCAGGAAUUUACGAGAUCGACUCUACCGUGAGCUUGAGCGAAAUUUAGCUAUGAAGGUUGAAGAUGGUGAAACUGCAGAUACAUUUAUUGUUAGUGGGCGUGGUACUCUACAUAUCACCAUAUUGAUAGAGAACAUGCGAAGAGAAGGAUAUGAAUUCAUGGUGGGACCUCCUAAGGUCAUUAACAAGAAAGUGGAUGAGAAAGUACUAGAACCAUAUGAGAUUGCCACCGUGGAGGUACCAGAAGAACACAUGGGGUCUGUGGUUGAGCUCCUUGGUAGAAGGCGUGGGCAGAUGUUUGAUAUGCAAGGUGUUGGGGCGGAGGGAACAACACUACUCAAAUAUAAGAUUCCUACACGUGGCCUUCUUGGAUUGCGGAAUGCAAUUUUAACAGCUUCUCGUGGUACAGCAAUUCUUAACACAAUAUUUGAUGGCUAUGGACCUUGGGCUGGAGAUAUAUCUACACGAGAUCAGGGUUCUUUGGUUGCCUUUGAGGAGGGAACAUCUACCUCUUAUGCCCUUUCUAGUUCACAGGAGAGAGGGCAGAUGUUCAUUGGUCCUGGAGUGGAAGUUUAUAAAGGUCAAAUAGUUGGCAUCCAUCAGCGACCAGGGGACCUUUCUCUUAAUGUAUGUAAGAAAAAAGCAGCAACAAAUGUCCGUUCAAAUAAAGAACAAACAGUGGUUCUUGACACCCCCUUGGAUUACAGUCUCGAUGACUGCAUCGAGUAUAUUCAAGAAGACGAGAUGGUGGAGGUCACUCCCUCAAGUAUCCGAAUGUGCAAAAAUCCAAAGCUUGCAAAAAAGACAAGAUGAACAUUUUUACAGACUUGCAUCCGCCAGCAAAACCAUCCUGAGCAUGACUAGUCUCAAUGCAAUAGAAGCCUCAUAGUUGCUGCAUUUAAAUUCAAUAUUAUUUGCCAUUCAUUCAACUUGAUAUAGAAUGGAUUACUACUAGGAAUACCAAGAAUUUCAAGUUUUGCUUCCUAAUACAGGUCUGUAUAUAACCAGGUAUAUGGGACAUUCAAUUGGUGAAGUGUAUUGCUAGGAAAUAAAGCAAGUGAAGAUUCUCAAGUCUUGUAAUAUCAGAAUCUGGCAGGCAUUCUCUAACAGGGGGCUGAAAUAUUCUAUUUUUUCCUGAAAAAUUCAGGAUAUUUUUA